AGCUAUAAAAGUUUCAUGAAUUACCGGCGUUUUUUUAGAAAACACCACAAAUGGCCAUUAUUUUUUUAUAAAAAAACGCAAAAUACCGCCGACUCCCAAAAUUUAUUUUUUGGUUACCCGCUCGUUAACCAAAUCCCCCAAAUUUCUUUUUCCCUUCUACUCUCAAAAUUUGCCCCCAAAUCUCUCCGGCUACGAGACAAUUCCGAUAGGCCCAAAGAUUUACCGCCGGCAUUACCUUCUCGACCACCAUCAAGGGCAAGGAUUCGAUUGGGACGCUGGUCUGCUCAGCCGAACUUCAAUACCGAUUCUAAUAGCGAAAGCGGUGGUGAAGGGCAAAGGAAAGAAAAUGAGUUGCGAGUGAAGAGGAAUACCUUUUGGAACAAAAAAAGGAGGAAAGAUGUGAAUGCGGAUUCGCCAUAUAAUGUGGUGGCAGUGGAAAGAAUUGAAGGAGAGGAAAGGAUGGAGGAAACGGGGGUUUUGGAAGGGAGUGAUAAUAUUGGGUAUUUUAUUAAGAAAAGUAAAGCAGGUCCAAUUUUGAUUGCAGUCAACCCAUUCAAAGAUGUCCAAAUUAAUGGGAAGGAUAUUGUCACGAGUUAUAAACAGAAAGCUACAGACAAGCCUCAUGUUUUUGCUAUAGCAGAAAACGCUUAUAAUGAGCUGAUGAAUGAUGGAGUAAAUCAAUCUCUGAUGAUAAGUGGGAAAAGUGGAGCUGGGAAAACUGAGACGGCAAAAUUCGCGGUGCAAUACCUAGCUGCCCUUGGAGGUGGCAAUGUUGGGAUAGAGUGUCAAAUCCUCCAGACAAGUUGUAUACUUGAAGCAUUUGGAAAUUCAAAGACAUCUAUGAAUGUCAAAUCUAGUAGAUUUGUUUGAGUUUUUGUUGGAUGCAUGGUCCAGGAUUAGUUGAAUUCAUGCAUAGUGACGACUUGUUUAAGCUAAUUGCUUAUCUUAAAGUGUGCAUUCUAUCAUUAUUUUGUUCUAUUUGUAUUUUGUUAGAUUUCUGAUGUAGUAUGAUAAGUGCGGUAUUUUGUUUGGCGGGAUGUAUUUAUAUCAUAGAUUAUUCUUCUUAUCAAUAUUUUGAUAAUGAAUUUAAAUUUUUUAUA